CGUACCAAAUUUCAUUCUCACCAAAUUCAAAAUUUUAAAAAAUAGCCGUUAAAUAAUUUCUUCAGUUUUCUCCCAAAUUAAAAUAGCAAAUCAGUAAUGAGCCUAUCGAAAUCAAGCAAAGCAAAGCAAUGGAGCGGAGUGGAGAAAAUGGCGAAGCGAGGAGGAAGAUAAGCAUUGAAUUCGGCAUGGCGGGUGACAAGUUUAAUCUAAUCGAUAUUCUAUCAGAGGAUGAUGAGUUUCUAUCUGCUUCGCCAUUUGCGGUGGAUUCUUUCAAAGGCUUUAGGUUAUCAGGGAUAGGGAGUCAUCAAGAACUAGAGCCAAAUGACCAAAAAGAAGAGAAUCUGUUACCUGUCGAAUUUACGAAGCCAUCAAGACCAAGUUUUUUGAGGAAAAGUUUAGCUUGGGACAGUGCAUUCUUCGACAAUGCCGGUAUGUCCGAUCAGCUCCUCGAUUCAGACAUUCUUACAACAUCAUAUCUUCUUGUAAUAUUUCUUUCAUCUGCAAAUGCAAUAGGUGUUCUUGAUCCUGAUGAGUUAUCCUACAUUAACAAGGGAUUUAAAAAAGCUCCCGAUGCGCGCGAACAAAGGUCCGAGUCGAUCACAGCCACCGGCAGCAACAAGUCCUGUCGAGCGACGAAUCCACAACAUCGAUUGCAUCGCGCUCAAAGCUGUAAGAACAACAAUGGCUCCAGUUUCAGAAAACUCGGAAGAUCUUCGAGUAGCAUGGUGAAAUCCGAUCAAGCGACACCGGCCGCAAAAAGUGUUAAUGUUCAUAACAAAGAGAAGAUGAAGGAGGUUUGUCACUUACCAUUUUCGCCACAAUUUUUUCGUAAGAAACUUAUCGAUUCCUCUGUUUUCUUUAAGACAACGCCGGCGAGGAGCAGCGCAACAGGGUCCAACAUCGGCAGCUUGUCCGCGAAAUCUAGUGUAAGAAAAGGAAGUCCGUCAGCUGCAGCCACAGCUGGUUUGGGACUUUCAGACAAUACGAAUAUUGCCGACUCAUCGCGGCUUCGCCUCCCAUCGCCUCGGCUAAGGUUCUUCGACGAGAAUACCCCGUCAAGAUCCAGCACGGCGUCUGAAAGAAUUCCAUUCGAUCAAUCAAGAACCUUAAAACAAUCGAGGACUGUUGGUUCGAGUUCAUUUCUUACAGCCGAGAAAGAAAUUUUGUCAAAAAGCAAGAGCAUUGUCGAUCAAAGGUGUAGAAAUUCAACGAACCAACUCAGCAUCGUCAAUUCGUGUCCUAAAGAAAGUGCGGCGAAAAGGGAUGCACCGAGGGGCCGAAUCGGCAAUCUGAGCCAACAAUUAAUCGAACCCGUCGAUCUGAAGAAACGAGAGAAGGUCGAAGAAAUCAAGAAAGGGAAGACGUACAGAGCUUCUCCAUUGUUCAAACAAUUGAAGAAAUUGUGUCCAUCACUCGAUAGUUCAAGAAUGCCUCUUGCAGACAAGACAGGUAAGUACGACCUUAAUGGAACGAAAUCGACAUCGUAUGGAUCCAAGAAAGACAAGUUGGGGAAGCUGCAGGCAAUCAUGAACCUGUAGUUUCUUCCUGGGAUCGAAUGGUCUCAGCCAAUUUUAUAUUUCAUUUGAUCACAAACUGUUACUAUGCUAAAUAAAUAUCAAUGUUGGCAACAUCUUAAAUAAAAAUUGACAAACACAUAAAAUAUAAAACUUUUUCAGUCGAAAAUUUAUGUUGAUAUAAUAUAAAUAUUGAAUAUUUAUGUUGUAACGAAAUAAGAUUUAAACAUACCAACAAUUUUUAUGUUGUAACGAAAUAAGAUUUAAACAUACCAACAAUUUAUCUUAUUAUGUUUAAGUUAAUAUAAUAGAAGAGGAAGAUUAGGAUUCUCCAAAUCAGCACAUAUACAGUAUAGAAACAAAAGGGUAAACAAAAGGGUCUUUAUUACAUAGAGCAUGUGUUUGUAAUAAAAAAAUAUGUUUGUUAGUUCAUAAUUAUAAUGUAUGUUUGAUGUGCUAAAAUAUUAUACGCAAGACUAUAUGAUGCACUUAAAAUAUAAGCUAUAAUUAGAUAUAUACUUGCUGAUUAUCCUUAUACUAUCGUAUGUUAAAUAUAAUAUUCCAAAUAACUAUUUAAAUAUAAAAUAAUCGUUAGAUAAAUAUAUAGAUUGGAUAACUUCUAUCGAAUAAAUAG